UGGGCGACAAUGGAUGAGGUCGUUAGUGUGCGAAGUUUCGAGCGUUAUGAGAAAAAGGACGGGAUUGCCACUCUCAUGUUUCUUCCUGCUAAUGUUGGCAUUCGAAGCAUUUAAGCCAUUCGAGCUGCAACCACGCGACAUGCUACAACAGCAAUAUUUGGAGUAAAUACUGAGUCUAUUAACCUCUCGUCGAAUUUUUAAUAAAAGACGCUGAAAAUCAUAAAUGAGAUAGAGAAAAAUACGACACAGCAGUUGCGCGCCAUCCUCAAAAACACAUUGUACGAAACAUUUCAAAAAUGGGAAAAACACAGAGAGCAAUGUAUUGACAGCAGAGGAGACUACUUCGAAAAAAACAAGUAAAUAAAGUUGCCUAUAAAAGUUUGUGAAUAGUUGUUCCUAGUGCAUUCUUGCCUGCUGAAUACAAAUUUCUUGUCCAAAAUUGGCUAUUAUGUCACAAUUUUGAGAAAAAUAACAUGAAAAGAGUAAAAAAUAACGAUUUUUCAAAAUAUUUUAUGUAUAAGUGCAGUAAUUAUAAUGUGACAAUGUCAAGUUUGUGUAAACGGAUAACAGUAAACGUAAAUAAAUGGGCUUUUAACAAGCAGAUUAAACGACUUACGCAAGAGGAAACAUAAUAAAAAAUACUAUCACAAAGGAGAAGCAAGAAGUAAUGACACAUUGGACAACACAAAAUAAUUUUUUGUACUUCUAUAUGCGAAACACAUAUCAGAAGCUGCAGCUUCCGUAAUAGACAAAACAAGAUACACAGUCAGCUAUAAAAUCACUAAUAAGUUUAAUACAUACGUUAAAGCUCAUAAAGACAAGAAUCUACCCGAAAAAAAUAAUAGCAUGGUUGCACAAAAUCCAAUGUAAUAACUGUGACGAUACAUAUGUAGAACAGACAACAACUAAGAACAAGAAUCAAGGAACACACAAACAAUACAAGAUUAGAUUCAACACAGCAUUCAGUAGUUUCGGAGCAUAUCAUGAAAUACAAUCAUAUAUUCAAUUGGAGCAAAAUCAGCAUACUCGAUUCUGAAUCAAAUUUCCAUAGAUUUUUCUAUAAAAAAACAACAACCAAGAACCGAUACAAGGUGGACAUGCAUCUCUUAUUUCGUUCCAUUCUUUUUAAUACAUUGACGUAAGUUUUGACUUGAAGAUUUACAAACGCAGAAGGGGAAAACAUUUGUUUAAGUAUUAAUUCGAUUUACAUUAUAAUUUUUUUACGAUCUGUAUGACUGAGAAUCAUUUUACUGACUACUAAUUUCUACAAAAUUAUGAUGAAGAAUUUAUUGACUUCCACACAUUCUCGCCCGAAAAUGAGAAGUGAUUGAAAAAAAGGAAUCUUUGGACAUUUUUCAUCAUUUCAUCUAUAACUUUUGUAUUAAAUCAUUAGUACCAAACGCUAUGUUACGUAAAAGGGAAAGGAAAAUUAAAACAGAGGGUGGUGUUCAUAGUUGGAUGACGAAACAUUACACAAAAAAAAGUCCAGAAUUAUUAAUAUGUAAUUAUUGUAGAAAAAGUUUUUCUAAUCAACGUGACCAAAGGCAUAUAUUAAGAAAUCACUUAUUUGAUGUGCAUAAUGUAACAGAAUUAGAUGGAUAUCCAGACAGUGAUAUUAUACGGCAAAAUUAUAAAAUAUCAGGACGAAUAGCAAUAUGCAAUCAUUGCGAAAAAACGAUCUUCUUUACAUAUGGUGCACGUUAUUUAAAAACUCAUUUGAAAAUUGAUCAUCCGGAUAAAUGUAACUUACCUGAUAGAAAUAUAAGAACAAAAUCAAAAAUGUGGGACAAAUUCAUUGUAAUAGGUAACUAUGCAAUGUGCAAAGAAUGUAAAAUAAAAUUUAGACUACACAGUAUAAAGCCAACAAGAUCUUUAUGGCAACACUUGACAACUCAUCAUUCGGAUAAAUAUGACGUGACUGAUAAAAGUAUAAAAAGAAGAAAAUCAAACGUAUGGAAAGAAUAUAAUGUAAUAGGCAAUUAUGCGACAUGCAAAAGAUGUAAAAUAAAAUUGAGAUUACAUAAUAUUCAUCCAACACAUUCUUUACGGAGGCACUUGCUGAUUCAUCAUCCAAAUAUAUCUAAUUUAAAUAACAGAAAAUUAAGCAGAUCAAACGUAUGGAAGGAAUACAAUAUAACAGGGAACUAUGCGAUAUGCAAAGAAUGUAAUAGAGAAAUUAGAUUACCAAAUUUAAAUCCAACAAGAUACUUAUGGAAUCAUUUAAAACUUGAUCAUCCGUAUAAACAAACUGUACCUGAUAUGACGAAUAAAAAGAGAUAUUCAGACAUGUGGGAUCAAUAUAUUAUAAAGGGCGAUAUGAUAACAUGCAAAAAAUGUAAAAGGACACUUAAAUAUAAUUUUGAACAUCCAGGAAAUUUGUGGAGGCAUUUAAAAACUAAACGGUGUCAAACUUUAGCAAACACAAAAUCAAUUGAGGACAAUGAUUUCCGUGGUACUAUACCUCAAAAUAAAAUACAAACAUCCAACGAAUCAAAUUCACUUAAACAGGAGAUAGAAAUAACAGAUUUUAAUUUUGGGGUUGCAUCAAACACGCCAAUAUCAAUUGAAGACAAUAGUUCCCACGGUACUAUAAAACCUCAAAGUGAAACUGAAGAAUUUGAUCAAACAAAUUUGAUUAAACAUGAAAUAGAAAUAACAGAUUUUAAUUUUGUGGUUACAUCAAACACCAGAUCAAUUGAGGACAAUGAUCUCCAUGAUACUAUGGAAUCUCAAAACGAAACACAAAUAUUUGACGAGACAGACCCACUUACACUUAAUUUCAGAGGUGCAUCGAGCACGCCAAGUUUAACUGAGAACAACGAUUUCCACGAUACUACGGAACUUCAAAAUGAAACACAAGCAUUCGACGAGGCCACACCGCUUAAGCAAAAAAUAAAUUUUAAUUUCGGUCAAAUAGAAACUCAAGGACGGAAAGCCGCAGAAGUAGCAGUUGAAAUACAAAUGACCUAUGAAGAAACAUUCGACGACGCCUCGAGCGACGAAGAAGGGGACGAAUAUAUAGAGGAGCACAGUUUAACAGAGUCAGAAGAAAAUGCUGAAUCCGACACAAUGGAUCAUAUAGACAUAGAUCGUAAUGUGGGCUUAGACAUGACUCGAAAACCAGAUGUGGGCCAUCGUAAAAAGAAGGGUCGUCCCCGUUGUUAUCUACGUACUGCAAACAACUUUAAAUGGUCGCUUAACGCACCAGAAACUCGAAAUACUACAAGAAACUCAUUCAAAACUGUAGAAGCAGGAGCAAAAGAUGCUGCAAGAGAUGUAACAACACCACUCGAAGCAUGGUCUCUUCUUUUACCAGAUAGCAUUCUAAAUAAGAUAGUCGUGCAUACAAAUGAAGAAAUCGAACGGCAACGAUUGAAACUUCAAACCGAAAACAAAACCAUUCCAACAGAUUAUCACUGCGUCACUUUAAUAGAAUUGAAAGCUUUCAUAGGCUUAUUAUAUUAUGUUGGACUCAAUAAAUUAAAUAAUACAGAUGUUCGCCGUUUGUGGUCUCCGCUUGCAAUGCCAUUGUUCAAAGCAACGAUGCAGGAAGAGAGAUUUUUGUUUCUAUUAAUUUGUCUCCGAUUUGACAACAAAGAAACGCGCAUACAGCGUCAAAAAAGCGACAAUCUUUCUCAUAUUAGAGAAAUGUGGGAUAAUUUUAUUUCAAACUGUAUAAAAUAUUAUGAACCUAGCGAUACUUGCACUGUAGACGAACAGUUGUUCGGUUUUCGCGGCCAAUGUCGUUUUCGUAUGUACAUUCCAAAUAAGCCCGAUAAAUAUUGUUUAAAAAUUAUAUCUUUAAAUGAUGCAAAAACAUUUUAUAUGAUUAACGCUAUUCCAUAUGUAGGAAAAUUACAAGACAUGAAUCCAAACGAAACAAUACCAACAUAUUAUGUUCGACGGAUCUGUGAGCCCAUUUAUAAUAGCAGUCGUAAUGUAACGUGUGAUAAUUGGUUUACAUCUGUACCCCUCGUUGACAAAAUGAAAAGGGAUUAUGAUAUAACGAUUGUAGGAAAAAUAAAAAAGAAUAAACCAGAGAUUCCAAAUGUGUUUAAAAAAAUUCCUACAGAAGGCAACAGUCAAUUUGUCUAUCAUAAUGGAAAAACUUUGGUAUCCUAUAAUCCAGAAAAAAGAAAAAUUGUUUUAUUGUUAUCGUCUUUACAUACAUCUGGAACAAUUGAUGAAAAAUCAGGAAAACCGGAAAUAGUUUUAUUUUAUAAUAAAACAAAGGGUGGUACAGAUGUGUUUAAUCAAUUAGUACAUGAAUACAGUACUUGUCGUAGAACUGAAAGAUGGCCUAUGCGUUAUUUUUACGGAAUAUUAGAUCAGGCUGGAAUUAAUUGCUUUAUUUUAUAUACUUUUAAUUUGCAAAAUAAUAAGAAAAAUCGAUAUACAUUUAUGGAAGAAUUGAGUUUAUCAUUAAUUAGACCGCAUUUGGCAGUUAGGCUGACAUCUACGUUACGCUUAAAUACUCGUUUAUUUAUAGAAUCAAUUUUGUCUGAGAGUGAAUUUCCGGAAAAUGAUCCAUAAAGUUAUCUAAGCAAGAAUGUAAUGGAAACCAAAAAAAGAUAUGGAUUUUAUCCUGACGCAAUGCAUUGAAAAAUACAAUAUAAAUGUUGAGGUGUUAUUUUCUUAUAUAUCAAGAACGCAGAGCAAAAAUUUAUGAAAACUGUUUUUUAAAAAAUGAUUAAUAAAGUAUUUUAAUAAAAUUAUUAUAUAAUAAAAUUACUAUAUAAUAAUAAACAUAAUACGAGUUUUGUUAACCAAAAAGUUAUUAAACGAUUAAAUUAAUUGUUAGCCAAUCAUGAUAAAAACUAUACAUUAAAUUAAACCUCAAUUGGAAAUUAAAGCAUAUUAUUUGUGUAAAUAUAAAUAAAAAAUUAUGUAAUUUUUUUAAGAAGAAUUAAAGAUACAUUAGGUACUACUUGGAUUUUUAUAAUGCUUUUUACAAGCGCGUAUACACACACAGACUCAUAUGGUACCUUUUUUAAUAAUUUUAUUACUAUGCAGGAAAAGGACACACAUCUUUCUAAAUAUAUAAAAUGUACUGAAAAAAAAAGAAAUUUCGUAAUAGCGCGCCAAUCAAUACAUUAAACGUAUUCUGAGUGGCGCUGGCUAGCGACAACUUUUAAGGUCCUUACACAAUACGGCAGAAUAGUGAUGGCGAUAAAGAGCAAACACAGAUCAUUGGUUUCACAGCUUCUGAUUGGCUCUUCAACAUUUUUCGCAAUUUUCGAUUGGUUGAACAUUUUGCUAUUCUUAUUGCUAUGUCUUCGCAUUGUGCAAGAACCUUUAGAAGGUUCAACGCCGUUUGAUACAGGUUAUGUUGCUAAUGUAUAGCAUUCGAGCCUCGACUGUUACAACAAUUGGACUAGCAAGAUUAAACACUUGCUCUAACUUCUCGUCGAAUUUUUAAUAAAAGACGCUGAAGAACAUAAAUGAGAUAGAGGAAUAUACUACAGUUGUGCUCCAUUUCAAAAAACAUUU